UCCCGUAGUGGAGUCAAUACUGGGUUCAUUUAGUACGAAAAGAUUUGGGCAAAGCAACAAGGAGGAUCUCAGAACCAAUUCAAUGGAGGAGGAGAAGCAAGAAAAGCACCAAACCAAACCAAUCCGUUGCAUCGUAAAACUGGGAGGUGCGGCAAUUACAUGCAAAAAUGAACUUGAGAAGAUAAAUGAAGAAAACCUUGGCAUAGUGUCAUCUCAGCUGAGGCAGGCAAUGAUGUUGGGGCAGUCUCCUUCUACGAAGGUUCUUGGGAUGGAUUGGAGCAAGAGACAUGGGGAAUCGGAGGUUUCAUGUUGUGUAGAUGAUUUCGGAUAUGAUGCAGUUAUAGAUUCUAGUCAUUUUAUUGUUGUUCAUGGAGCAGGUUCUUUUGGGCACUUUCAGGCUAGUAAAUCUGGGGUUCAUAAAGGAGGAUUGGACCAACCUCUUGUCAAGGCUGGUUUUGUUGCUACACGAAUAUCUGUCGCGACUCUCAAUCUUGAAAUUGUUAGAGCACUAGCCAGAGAGGGUAUUCCUUCGGUUGGAAUGUCUCCAUUUUCUUGUGGAUGGUCAACCUGUCAGAGAAAUAUAGCCUCAGCUGAUAUUUCCAUGGUGGCUAAGGCUAUUGACUCUGGUUUCAUACCUGUACUGCAUGGCGAUGCAGUGUUCGAUGGAUUACAGGGUUGCACCAUAUUGAGUGGAGAUGUUAUCAUACGUCAUCUUGCAGAGCAAUUAAAGCCUGAAUAUGUUGUCUUUCUUACAGAUGUUUUGGGGGUAUAUGACCGUCCACCAGUGGAACCUAAUGCUGUACUCUUAAGGGAGAUCGCUGUGUGCAAAGAUGGGAAUUGGUCUGUUGUGAAACCAGUGCUUCAGAACAUGAACAAAGUUGAAACAACUGUAGCAGCUCAUGAUACAACUGGGGGCAUGUUGACCAAAAUAACAGAAGCUGCAAUGAUUGCAAGACUUGGAAUUGAUGUUUACAUUGUGAAAGCAGCCACAAGCCACUCGCUGAGGGCCUUAAGUGGGGAACUUAGAAGCAACAUUCCUGAUGAUUGGCUUGGGACAGUCAUCCGAUUCGUGGGCUAAGUCUGGCAACUACAACUACAUUGUAAAAUGUUUGUGACAAUCUGAUCGGCCAUUCUUCGAAUAUCAUGUACAAUAAAGGAGGGUAUUACCUGGUGGAAUUAUUAUCAGAAUAUCAGGACCCACAAACUGAUUGACAUCUUGUAACUUUCACUUUUUCUUUGCCCCAAUCUAAUUCAUGGUUCAAUGCACCCAUUCCAGAAUAUGCACAUACAAAUCAAGGUCC